UCGAAAUACAGAACAAUGAACGUGUUCAAUAUUUCCGCAGUCAUUUCGCAGCUUGUCACAAUAAUGAUUUUGGUAGAGGCGAAUGGGCCCAAUAUAAGAGAUCCAAACGAUGAGCAGUGGCAUAUGCAAGUUACUACCACUGAGGGAAGCAACGCAUCACCGCGGCUACUGGUCAACAGAGGAGACAACAACACAUCAUCCUCACCAUUGGUCAGCGAUGAAGAAAACGAUUCUCCGUUAUCACAGACCUGUAACGGAAAAAGCGACACAUCAUCAGCGGAUUUGGACAGUGAGGAAUACAACAAUGCACCACCGCCAUCAGAAGCCAGCGAUGAGAGAAGCAGUUUAUCAUUGUUGUCACGAAGUCGUAGCGGACACAGAGAUACAUCAUCGGUAGCUUUGGCUAGUGGGGACAGCAGUGACACAUCAUUAUCAUCACUGCCGGAAGAUGAUGAAAGCAAUAAAUCAUUGCUAUCAUUGACAAAUCAUGAGGUCAACGAUACAGAAUCGCUGUCACAAAUCAAUGAGGACGGCAGCAGCACAAAAUCGUAA